CUGGAACUGCAGCUGGUGACUCCUCGCUCCCCACCUUCCUGGGCCACCCCACCAGUGACAACACAGGCAGGGGUGGCCUGACUUCCUUUAUAGUGUUUUGGCCGAUAUUUCCUGCCCAGAAAGCAUAAAAGCUUUGCCCCUCAACCCAGGCAGAGAGCAGACCAGCCUUCUGCCCCCAGAGAGCAGAGCAGCCUUGCCCCCUACACGGAGCUGGUGGGGCCACCUUCUGGAGUCUGUCCCGCUGCCCUCCACAAAGCGAGCUCGCAUCUCUGGUCCAUCAUGGUGCCCACAGAAUUCACAAACCCCACCUCUAACAUAUCUGAUGACUACAGCUACCACUCCACGUCUUCCAUGGAUGACGACCCCUUCGACUACGGGGACAUAUACUGUAAGAAAAGCGACGUCAGACAAUUUGCGAGCCACUUCCUGCCACCCUUGUACUGGCUCGUGUUCAUUGUGGGCAUCGUGGGCAACAGUCUGGUCAUCCUCGUCUACUGGUACUGCACACGGGUCAAGACCAUGACCGACAUGUUCCUCUUGAAUCUGGCGAUUGCCGACCUUCUCUUCCUCCUCACCCUUCCCUUCUGGGCCAUGGCCGCCGCCGACCAGUGGAGAUUCCAGCCCUUCCUGUGCAACGUGGUCAACAGCAUGUACAAGAUGAACUUCUAUAGCUGUGUCCUGCUGAUCAUGUGUAUCAGUGUGGACCGCUACAUCGCCAUCGCUCAGGCCAUGAAAGCACAGACCUGGAGGCGGAAAAGACUCCUGUACAGCAAAAUGAUUUGCUUCACCGUCUGGGUAUUGGCGGCCACGCUCUGCAUCCCAGAAAUAAUGUACAGUCAACUCCAGAAGCAAUCUGACAUUAUCAUCUGCACCAUGGUUUACCCUAGUGACCAGAGCUCCAGAGUGAAGUCAACCGUCUUGACCCUGAAGGUCAUCCUGGGCUUCUUCCUCCCCUUUGUGGUCAUGGCCUGCUGCUACACCAUCAUCAUUCACACUCUGUUACAAGCCAGGAAGUCAUCCAAGCACAAGGCCCUGAAGGUGACUGUCACCGUCCUUACAGUCUUCGUCCUAUCUCAGUUCCCCUACAACUGCAUUCUGUUGGUGCAGACCAUCGAUGCCUACACCAUGUUCAUUUCCAACUGUGCCGUUUCCACCAACAUUGACAUCUGCUUCCAGGUCACUCAAACCAUCGCCUUCUUCCACAGUUGCCUGAACCCUGUGCUCUAUGUCUUUGUGGGCGAGAGAUUCCGCCGGGAUCUUGUAAAGACCCUGAAGAGCUUGGGUUGCAUCAGCCAGGCACAGUGGGUCUUGUUCACGAGGAGAGAGGGAAGCGUGAAGCUGUCAUCCAUGCUGCUGGAGACGACCUCGGGGGCCCUCUCCUACUGAGGGGUCUUCACUCUGACAUGGAUGGCCCUUUCUGGAAGUCACGAGAAAUACAGGUACAGCUGUCCCACAGAUGCGACUGGAGGGAAACCAAUGAAGAAGAAAAAGGAAGCAGGGGAGAAAGAAAAACCCAGAACGGCAUGAAUUUGGACGAUGACUUUAGUUAGAAUUUCCAAGCCAGAGUUUUCCAAAUUGACUGGUUGUCCCAUGAGACUGUUGCUUGGUUCUUGGCUGCAAUGGCUGCAAUUUUCAGAGGAGGGCUCACAGACGGUCUUGCAGACCUCUCUGGCUUUUUGCCACUUGCCCGAGCAUUAAAGCAGCCGACCUCUGGAGGGUUUCUGUGAUUCCAUGGCUGGCUGCAGGGUUGACCUGCCCAAGGACUCCGCUCUCCACUCGUAUCACAAGGGUUGCUCAGCCUGGGCAGGGACCCCUAAAGCCCGAGCAGGCAGAACCGGCCCUGGCUCUGUCAUGGGCUCACUCUGCCGAGUGGCUUUCGCGAUGGUCAGCUGUGUCGACUCCCUAGAAAACGGGUUGGUUUUAUGGACCCUAUUGUUUCUGAGCUUGCGGGAAGGAUAUCUGCCUCCACGUUGCUUCUCCUUUUCUUACUGUAUCGUGUUGAUGCAUUCAAAGGCUUCCGAUUUAGAGAUGAGGCUGAGAAGAAAAGUAAUGCAAUUCACUUUUGCUUUGUGUCUUUUAACUAUCUGGCUCUCACAUGUGAAAACAUUUAUAUAUUAGAAAAAGUGCUUUUUGAUGACUGUGUAAAAUACCCAUUACUUGUCACUUUCUUUGUCAUUUCUGUGUUUUAUAAGUGUUCCAUUAAAGGUCCAAUAGCCACAUCACAGUGGGAAAAUAAGACUGGGAAAAGGAAAUAAAAUCUCCAAAAUACCUUAAAGCCAUCUUGACUGACUGUUGUU